UCCAGACUUAACCUAAAUAUUUCUAGUUUUUCGGGUGUGUUUUGAAAGUAUGAGAUUAUAUCGAUGAGGAUCAAGUAGUGAAAAGGCUCGUUUUUUGAGAUGUGCCAUGAUGCUACCUAAUAACGGUCCUAACUGUUGCAGAGUGUUGCAACGUGGUUUCUUACAUGUGAUAGCGAUUUGUGUUUUGAUGUAGAAUAUCUCCGAAAUGUGAAGUGUUGAUGCCGAAACCGUUCAAAUCUUUAACCUUUAAGGAUUUCAAUAAAAUCGCGACAAAUUUCUCCUUCCGCCAAACUAAUCAGUGAGCGAAUUAACGAUGUGAACUGCUUCCCAUGAGGAAUACUGCGGAUUUCUACUGCCGUGAGUUUUGUAUGCGUUAUGGCUGAAAAUUUGCUACAGGGUCUGCAAUCGGCCGCAAAUUCCACAUCACAAGCUGAGGCCCUGCAAUAUUUUGAACAGCUGAAAAAUUCUGAAGAUGGAUGGAAACUUUGCGGUGAUGCUUUGGUUCGAAAUCUUUAUAGCGAUGAAACUGUGAAGUUCUUCUGCUUCCAAGUUUUGGAGCAUUAUAUUAAAACAAGACAUGCAACAGCCUCACCACUAAAUCAGUGUACAGCAAGAAAUAUUCUUUUAACAUGGCUUAAAAAUCAGUGUUGUAGUAAAACAGAUGAUCAAAACUUUUUGAAGAACAAGGCUGCUCAAGUGUUCAGUUUAAUUUUUGUCUGUGACUAUCCUGAAGGGUGGCCAACAUUUUUCUCAGAUCUUCUUCAGUGCUUGCAGUUUGGUGCCAAAGCAGUAGACAUGUAUCUGAGGAUUUUGAAAGCCAUUGACGAGGAAGUAGUUGACAGAGAUGUAACAAGAAAUCAGCAGGAGGCUGACAGAAACAUGAAGAUCAAAGAUGCUAUCAGAGAGACUUGCAUCACAAAUCUUGUGGACUCUUGGUAUCAAAUCUUGAAUACCUACGAGAACAGUUUAUCAUCAGUUAUGUGCCUAUGCCUGGAUGUUAUUGGAGCUUACAUUGAAUGGAUUGAUAUUGGCCUGAUAGCAAAUGAUAGAUUUAUAAGUGCCCUUCUUAGAUACAUGUCAGUGGAAGUCCUCCGUGAGAGUGCUUGUGAUUGUAUCCACGAGAUCAUCAUGAAGGGAAUGGAGCCAGUUGCCAAGCGAGAACUCAUAGAGUCUCUUGUCAGUGUUUUAGAAAAAAGCGGAGUCCUUCAGCUGCAAGAGGAUGAAGAUGCUGAUUUUUUAGCUAAAGUGUCAAAAUUGAUGAAUGCUGUUGGAACACAACUUCUCAACAGCUACAGCAAGCUUACAAAGUCUGGUGAUACAGAAUCUGCAGCCAAGUGCCUCUAUGCUGCUGAGAAAAAGAUGCAAUACCUGUUUAGAUUUCUUAGUCAUGAUGAUGAUGAUGUGUCCCAGAAUGUGUCUGGUUUUGGAUAUACUUACUUGACUGUGUUGAAACAGAUUGCAAAUCCAAGUGAACAACAGAAAGAAAACCUAAGGGGAAUUUUGCAUGUCAUUAUCAACAAGAUGAAGUAUGAUGAAUCAUACAACUUUGAUCAUGAGGGUGAAGAUGAAGUGAUGUUCAUGGAAUAUAGAAAGGAAAUGAAGAUCUUAUUUGACAAUAUUGCUCAGCUGGACCCUAAUCUCGUGCUGGUCUCGGUUCACAAUAUUUUGAAUUCAACGUUUGGGCAAUUAGAUGCAGCCAAGUUUAUGGAUGUGGAGAUAGCUGUGCGGGUUCUUUACAUGGUUGGAGAAGCAAUGUCGACCCAACAAUUGUACUCUGAUGCCUCAAAGUUUUCAGCGCUUCAGCAAAUGAUGAGUUUGUUGGUGACCAGUAAUGUGUCUUACUACAACCACUCCUCGGUGGCUCAAAUGUUCUUUGAGACAGUUGUCAGGUAUGACAGAUUUUUCAGCAUCCAAAGUCAACACAUUCCAGCAGUACUGAAGCAGCUGAUGUACAUGAAAGACUUACUGUCCCCAAUCAUAGAAAAGUUUGAUUCAGUUGUUAGCAAGCUAAUGUCGGAGACCAAUGAUGCCUCUUCCCUGAUGUUUGCCCAGCAGCUCUAUCAUCUUGUUGCCUAUGCAAGUCGAGCCAGUAAAGCUUUCCCCAACCAGCAAGCCCUAAAAGAAAGUGGCUGUGCACCAUGUUUUACAGAGGCUUUGCCGAUUUUCCUCAAAGCGCUGCACGUUCCCAUUCAUCGAGACACCAUUCACUCUGGCGUGCGGCAGUACCUCCACAGGAUGAUUGUUUGCCUGGGCGAGGGAGUGCUACCCUUCAUCCCUGUUGCAGUUUCACAUUUGCUGGAAGAUUGCACGGCGCGGGACAUUCAAGAAUUCAUUCCGCUGAUCAAUCAGAUCAUCAGCAGAUUCAAGACUCAAAUUGGCCCCUUCCUCAGGGACGUUUUCAUGGCAAUUGUUAACACAAUCUUCACGGUCCUUGGCAAACCAGCAGAUGAAAAAGAUGCACAGGCUGUCAAGGAAAAGGAAACUCUGAGGCGUAGUUAUUUCUUGUUUGUGGGUGCUGUGGUAACUAAUGAUGUGACAGUGGUCCUCACCUCUCAAACUCCCCAUGAUUUACACCAGGUGUUGUUGACAUUGAUUCAGGGAGGAGUAGAAUUUCCAGAUCCGGUGGCUCAAAAGAUUUCCUUCAAUAUUCUUCGUAAACUGGUUGAACUCUGGGGUGGCAGCAAUGGAUUGAAUGGUUUCAGAGAGUUCAUUUACGAAAAUAUUGUACCUGCAACGUUUGUGGCUCCAAUGAAGUCGAACUUUGACAUGAAUGACGCACAGACUAUUUUGGAAUAUACAAGGGCUUUACAGCACGCAGACAUAAAAACCUUCAAGAACUAUAUAAAGGCUUUUUUCACCAACCUUCGUUCUUGACCAAGGCUAAGUCCCUUCACCACCAGACGGAGGGAACGAGUUUUGUUUAAUAUUAAUAUAUGUAGUUACAGUGUGGUGGCUGUAAAAACAGAGGAUAGAGUUUAACUUUAAUUUUAUCAUAGAAAUGACAGCGUCCCCGAAUUAGAAAAUCGAAACAGUUAGUGUUAAACACAAAAUUUUACAGAUCAAAGGUUGAAUGAUAUUUACAAUUUGAGCAAAGCCUAAAACGGUUCUUGAAAUUAUCUUGAACAUACUAAACUACCUCAUAAGCUAUUCUUUUAUUUUAAAAAGAGUCAGUAUUUGGUAAACCUGUCAAAAUUGCAAAUCUGCUCUCUUUUGAAUAGAAAAUAGCACCGAAUUUUCUACAAAUUAUUUCAUAUUGGUAGCAGGGUCACCGAUUUAUGGUGGUGGGUUUUCCUGUAAAAGUGACAGCACUUACUUCAGUCUAAAACUUUUAAACUGAGCCUUUAUUUAAGGGUACCGCAAUCUCGCUCCGUGAAAGGGUGUUGAACAGAUCCAUUGUUACGUCUAGAGGGUAAAUAUUAUUCUGUAAAGAAAGAAACAAAUUACAUGUAUCUUCAACGGUACUCUUUUUAGAAGAACACACUAGUCAGAGAAAGGCAGUGUGCCUCUAUCUCGUUCACUCCCAAGAUCUAAAUAUUAAUUCUCUGCACCGUCUGCCUUACAUUUCAUAUACUAUUAAUUCUGAGAAUUUGGUGUUAGGUCAAGCAUCAUCCCGCUGGUGAUGAUUUUUCUUGCUUUCUAUCACCUUUCUGCUUGACAUUAUAUUGAUAUUGCAAGGUGGAAAAGUGUCCCUUUGAUCGCUCCUGGGAUUACAAUUCUUAAAUUUGAAUAUUAUGGCUAGGAAACCAGUCAGUCUGUGCAUGCAUAUUUAAGCGUUUGCUGGCAAAUGGAGAAAUUUACUUUGGGGUUCACUUGUAGGUCUCUAAUCGCUAUGAAUUUCCUGCAGAAGUAUUACUCAUAUUCACAAAAAUGCAAAUAUAUUCAAUUUAUUGCUCAAAAGCGGACAAGAAAAGUUAAAUUUUUGCCUUCUGCUUUCGCUCUAACCCGGUUCUUAAUAAUGUUAAUUUGUUAUUAUAAAUUAUUUCAAGACCUUGAUUUGUUAAUAGUAUCCUACAUGUACAGAAGAAAGAAUUUCGCUUUAAAUUAACCCAAAGAAGUCAA